AUCUUAUCAUCAUCCCCAAGCAGCCACUUGGGCGUUUCUGACAGAAUCAGCUCCAGGGGCGUAAGCCGGCAUCAUACUAGUUAUGUCGAUCAAUAUUAGAUAAGCUCACCACCUACAUGCUGGUAUCAUCAGCCCGAAUUCUACAGGUAGCACCGUAUAGGAUGAUCAGAUGAGGUAGGCUUACCAUUUACAUCCUACUACCAGAGCUAGCUCGAGUACCGAAAAGGCGCCGGGGAUGAAAAUCGGAAUAUGGCAAGCUCACCAUUUACAUGACAAUGUCAAAAUCAGUUAGAACACGAAUACAGCACUAAUGAUGAUGAUCGGGAUGAGAUAGGACUUGUAGAAAUGCAUAUAAAGGUUCAAAGAGUUCACCUUGUUUCUGGUCUCUCAUCUCCAUUAUCACCAUCACCUUCACUCAACAAGCCUUCUAGCUACUAGCUAUUCGAUCUCAUCAACCAAACCCCUUCAGUCUUAUAACUACUUUCUUAACUCACAAGAAUACAAAAUGCGUACCUCCUUCUUCAAGGCCGCAACCUUCGCCCUUCUCGGGCUUGGUAACGUCUUCCCUGGCGUUCUAGGUGCCCCGACUUCCAAUGAGGUCGAACAGCGCUCCGACACACUGAUGGCGAGGGCUAAGGCAGUACCUGAUAUCACCAAGCAAGGAUACAAGGUCGACGAUGGCACUGGUUUCCCAAAAAAGAAGACCUACAAGGUCACUACUCCGCACUACAUUGGUACUCUCGACUUGAUCCAAGUCAUUACCGAUAGCAAGCUGGUUGCCAUCAAGGACGCCAACAACAUAGAAGACAAGACCCCUAACCGGGCCAAGCUCCGUGAUAUCGUCAUGUACGUGUACUCGAAGAAGGGAAACCUAAAGCCGGAGGAGAUCCAGAAGGUCCGCUUCGAGACUGUCGUGGAGAAGGCCACCAACGCCGCUAUCAAGGCCGCCUACGAGAAGCUAGGCAAGACCACGGGCGACUUCACCGUCAAGAGCAGCGACAGCGGCAAGGAGAAGGAAGUCUUCGACAGCCUCUCCGGUACCCCCUUCGGCAAGAUCGCUAGCAGCUACCACAGUGACUACAACGCAGGCCAGGUCAAGGAAAUCAAGAUCGAAAACAGCCCGACCCGCCCCGACAUGGAGGUCCACCUGGGCUAAGUGGGCUAUGUACGAUAUCUUUUGAUAGUAAAAUGUAUCCAUACAUGUACAUGGAUUAGGUGUGUGGAUUACGCUCGGCACAUCGGGGCUGGGGUUUAGGCAUAGAUGGCACGGCAAGGUUUUCUUUGGGUUCCCUUCUUUUUUUUAUUUUAUCAGUUAGUACAUAGCUUGCUAGUUUCACUCUCGAGAAAGAGUAAAAAGUUUGUCACUCGUUAGGUCUUAGAAUAAAAUGAAGCUAUUCCUGGCUCUAUAAA